AUGGAGACUGAAGAGGAAAAGAUGAAGAAGCAGGAGGGGGAGGGAGCUGUGACGCAACACCCUCCCGGGCCGGGUAGAGGGGGCUGGCGGUGGUGGGCGAGUCUGGCGCUGCUGGAGGUGAUCUCAGUGCUGCCGGCCGUGUGGGGCGUCUGGUGCACGGCCAUCUUCCUCUUCCUCUUCCCCGUCACCCACGACAAACUCCUCGACACGGGCCUCAUGCUGCUCGUGCUCCUCUCCUUCAUCGCCUCCGCCUUGGUGUGGGCGGUGCUGGGCGUCCUCACGGCCUACCACGGGGCCACGGGUGCCCUCUUUCCCUUGUGGAGCCCGUCGUCGGUGGUCUACUUCCUGUGGCUGGCGACCGCGCUCUCUCCCUUCUUCGACCCCUCCCUGGGGCGCCACACCCGGACCUGGUCAGCCUUCCAGCGGCUGCCCGUUUGGAAUUGGAUGGAACGUGACUACUUCCCCAUCACCGUCACCCGGACCCAGGCACCUACCCCUUCCCUGUCGUUGUGCGAAUUGGAUCCAUCGCGGCGGUACAUCUUCGCCUACCACCCGCACGGUCUCUGGACGUGGGGCCUGUGGACGGCCCUCGUGUCAGAGCAGUUCCGGACCCUCUUCCCCUCCAUCUCCUGGCGAAUUCUGGUGGCCACUCCGCUGCUGAUGCUGCCCGGCGCCGGACACUUUAUUCACUGGAUCGGCGGCAUCUCGGCCACGGCCGAGUCAGCCGGUGAAAGCAUCAAGGCGGGGCACAGCAUUGUCGUCAUCCCGGGCGGACUCGCCGAGGCCAUCCUCUCCUCGCCCACCGAACCCGCCAUCCUCCUCAAGGCCAGGCGGGGGUUCGUGCGGCUGGCCAUCCAGAACGGGACGCCGUUGGUGCCCAUGUACGGCUUCGGCGAGACGUCCCUCUUCUACCAGGUCUCCUUCUGGCGCGAGCAUCGGCUGCGAUGGUCGCGGCUGCUCGGCUUCCCCUUCACCAUCUUCACCGGCAUGCUGGGCAGCCCCGCGCCCGUGAGCCAUCCGGUGCAUGUGGUGGUCGGGGCGCCCAUCGAGGUGACCCAGAAGGCGGCGCCCACCGACGAGGAGGUUGCCCAGCUCCACGCCCACUACGAGGCCCAGCUCGUCGCCCUCUACGACGCCCACAAGCCCGCCCACGACGCCCCCCUCCACAUCUACUGA